CACAUGCACACGUCGCGUGAUACACGCUACAUGUCUUCUGCUAGUUCGCUGAAUGCCACUGGGAUACUACCUUGUUUUCUGCAAAUCUGCGAGUUUUGUCGAUAGAUACAGUCAUAUCUCUUUCCCCUCCUUUUGAAAUCCACUUGUGAGAAACUUGAUCCAACUCAGGAUGUCAGCGAAAGCAAUCCGCGAGGCCGGAGGCAAAGCCCUUCUUGGAAGGCAUCUCAAAUCAGCAUCGGUAGCACCAUUCCGUGGCGCCACGGUAACGGAGGAUGUCAACUGGGAUCAACUCACUGCUGAAAACCCUUGGCUUCUAACUGAGCGUCUGGUUGUGAAACCUGAUCAGCUUAUCAAGCGUCGUGGUAAACUUGGUCUCAUCAAAGUCAACGCCGACCUGCAAGGUGUCAAAGACUGGCUUUCUACAAGACUGGGACACAACAUUGAGGUUGGAGCUGCAACGGGCAAACUGAAGAACUUCUUGAUUGAGCCCUUCGUUGCUCAUAAACCAGAGGAUGAGUUUUACGUGUGUAUCUACUGCCAACGAGCUAGUGAUGUCAUCCUCUUCCAUCACGAGGGCGGGGUCGAUGUUGGUGAUGUCGAUGCUAAGGCUGUCAAGAUGGAGGUUGGACUCCAAGAAGAGGUUACAACUGAGGGUAUCAGGGUUGCACUCCUCUCCAAUGUAGCCGAUGGGAAAAAGGAGAUGGUUGCUGGAUUCGUCAAGGAUCUUUAUCAACAGUUCCGUGAUCUCUACUUCACUUACCUUGAGAUAAAUCCACUUGUUGUAACUGAUAAAGUCUAUGUAUUGGAUCUUGCUGCUAAGAUCGAUGCCACUGCGGAGUACCUGUGUAAGCUACAGUGGGGAGACCUGGAGUUCCCUCCUCCAUUCGGAAGGGAGGCAUUCCCUGAGGAAGCAUAUAUUGCAGACCUAGACGCUAAGAGUGGUGCUUCGUUGAAACUGACGAUCUUGAAUCCUGCCGGUCGUAUCUGGACCAUGGUAGCAGGAGGUGGUGCUUCAGUCAUCUACAGUGACACCAUCUGUGACCUCGGUGGAGCAUCGGAGUUGGCUAACUACGGUGAGUACUCGGGAGCCCCCAGCGAGGGCCAGACCUACGAGUACGCCAAGACCAUCCUUGGUCUGAUGACAAGGGAACAGCAUCCUAAUGGCAAGGUUCUCAUCAUUGGAGGAGGGAUCGCUAACUUCACCAAUGUUGCAUCUACAUUUAAGGGUAUUGUGAGAGCUUUGAAGCAGUUUCGUGAGAAGCUGAUUGAGUUCAAGGUAUCUAUCUAUGUCAGACGAGGAGGUCCUAACUACCAGGAAGGUUUGCGUGUCAUGAGGGAACUUGGUGGAAACCUUGGUGUCCCUAUGUAUGUGUUUGGUACUGAGACUCACAUGACCGCCAUUGUUGGUAUGGCCCUCGGUAAAAGAGAAGUACCGGAAACCCCUCCCACCGAUUCUACCACGGCCAGUUUCUUGCUUUCGGGAAGUGCGUUUUUACCCAAACCUGCCGAUGCUCGAGGUGUCCCCGCAGGUGCCAGCAAGAGUGCGCCAGAGCUCGGAGCUACUGCCAAAGUCUCACCAGUGGCCAACCGGAAGGAGAAGUCUGCCUCUGAUGCAGAUACUGUCAAGAUCAGCCAGGCAGUCACAGGAGUAGAUGGUUCCGGAGCUGCCUCAGGUUCCAGGACACUCUUCACCAAAUCAACCAAGUCAUUCAUCUUUGGAAUGCAGCCCAGAGCUGUCCAGGGUAUGUUGGACUUUGAUCACUCCUGCAGACGGGAUGAACCAUCGGUCGUUGGCAUGAUCUACCCAUUCAGUGGUGACCACAAGCAGAAGUUUUACUGGGGUCAUAAGGAGAUCUUGAUCCCUGUCUAUAAAUCCAUGGCCAAAGCCAUGAAGGCACAUCCGGAAGUAGAUGUUGUCAUCAACUUCGCUUCUCUCCGAUCUGCUUAUGAUAGCACUGUUGAAGUCAUGACAUAUCCUCAGAUCCGUACCAUUGCCAUCAUUGCAGAAGGCAUUCCAGAAAACAAGACAAGGACCCUGAUUGACAUGGCUAAUAAGAAGAACGUCACAAUCAUCGGUCCAGCUACGGUUGGAGGUAUCAAACCAGGAUGCUUUAAGAUUGGUAACACCGGUGGAAUGUUGGAUAACAUCCUCUCCUCCAGGCUGUACCGUCCAGGCAGCGUGUCUUACGUCUCAAGAUCAGGAGGAAUGUCCAACGAGCUCAACAACAUCAUCUCCAGGAAUGCCGAUGGUGUUUAUGAAGGUGUAGCAAUCGGAGGAGACAGGUACCCAGGGACAACCUUCCUUGAUCACAUCCUUCGUUACCAUGACGACCCAGAGGUUAAGAUGCUGGUCAUGCUUGGAGAGGUUGGCGGUACAGAGGAGUAUGAAGUAUGCUCGGCCAUCGAGUCAGGACGCAUUGCAAAGCCCAUGGUAGCAUGGUGUAUAGGUACAUGUUCUACAAUGUUCUCGUCGGAGGUUCAGUUUGGUCAUGCUGGGGCAUGUGCGAAUGGUGAGAGGGAGACAUCUAGUGCUAAGAACCAAGCCCUCAGGGUAGCGGGAGCCUAUGUACCCAACAGCUUCGAUGAUCUUGGAGAUAAGAUUGCGGAGGUGUAUCAACGUCUAGUAUCUCAGGGUGUCAUCACACCUAAAGAAGAACAACCACCACCAACUGUUCCUAUGGAUUAUAACUGGGCAAGGGAGCUUGGUUUGAUCCGUAAGCCUGCAUCGUUCAUGACCAGCAUCGUCGACGAGAGAGGACAGGAGCUCAUCUAUGCUGGUAUGCCCAUCUCGGAGAUCUUCGAGCAGAACAUCGGCAUCGGUGGAGUCCUUUCACUUCUAUGGUUCCAAAGAAGAUUACCACCAUACGCAACCAAGUUCAUUGAGAUGUGCUUGAUUGUAACUGCCGAUCACGGUCCUGCGGUAUCAGGAGCUCAUAAUACCAUUGUCACUGCUAGGGCAGGCAAGGAUCUCAUCUCAUCUCUGACAUCAGGACUUCUUACAAUUGGAGAUCGUUUUGGAGGUGCAUUGGACGCUGCUGCCAAACAGUUCAGUGAGGCGUACGACUCCUCUCUCAUCCCGAUGGAGUUUGUCAACAAGAUGAGAACGGAGCACAAGCUCAUCAUGGGAAUCGGUCAUCGUGUCAAAUCGCUGAACAAUCCUGACCAAAGAGUAGAAAUCUUGAAGGACUUUGUAAAGAAGAACUUCCCGGUUUGUCCGCUUCUUACCUACGCACUAGAAGUCGAGAAGAUCACUACAGCUAAGAAACCCAACCUCAUCUUGAAUGUUGAUGGUGUUAUUGGUGUUGCUAUGGUUGACCUCUUCAGGAACUGCGGAGCUUUCACAGCUGAGGAAGCUAACGAGUAUGUUGAAAUUGGAGUCUUGAAUGGUCUAUUUGUUCUCGGCCGUAGCAUGGGCUUCAUCGGUCAUUAUCUGGAUCAGAAGCGACUGAGGCAAGGGCUGUACCGCCAUCCAUGGGACGAUAUCUCUUACGUUCUCCCUGAGGCUCACUGAGUCCACAGCAUCCAGGGGACGGUUUCACAAAUGGCUAAGUCUGAUUAAAAAGUCAUGUUUAAUUGCCAUAUGUUCGCAUUAUAUGCAUCACAUGAUGUCACUGAUUGAUAGCAUUAGCGCAUGUCCCUUGAACAUACCUGUAUAACGUGGUGAUGUAACAUAUAUCAAUGGAAAAGGGGAAAUUAGGUGUGACUCUGAAUCAAACUUAGAUGUUUGUGAAACAUCCCCUGAUGUCAUCUGAAGACCAAAGUAUCAUGUGCAUCUCCUCCAUCAUACAUGUCAAUGUUCCAGAUUGUGGAUUAUUAUUUCAUGUGUUUUAACUUGCAUUGCAGGAUAUUGUGAGCCUGUCGUGCAAGAAUAUUUGCAAUCAAUUGCAAAUACAUGUAUCUGAUACACAUUUACAAUUGAAAGAUUAAUUUUAUUUGUCGCAAAUCAUUUCACACUUCUUGUUGCAAGAAUGCAGAUCAGCAAUCAAAUAGAAAUUUGUAAUUAAUUGCAAGGUAUGUGAUUGUAUUGGGAAUCCCAAAUAGAUUUGCAAUCGAUCGCAAGGUUUAUAAUUUGCCAUUCCUCUUUCCUGAGUUUGUGAAUUAUGUUGUGAAACUUGGAUUAUAUUUACAUGUAUAUCAGUACACAUCAUGUCCGUAAUGAAUUAGAUGAUUACAAGAUGUGGUUGAAGAUGUUUUAAAAGGUAUGGGAAAUUAAGUUUUUGUUUAGUAAUAUGUAUUGUAAUUGUUUGCCAUGUGACAUAGCUAUCUUGAGAUAAAUAGGAAUAUUGUCUCCUCUGAAGUGUUAAAAUGUCAAUUUUAAGACUUUAAAUUGUAUUCUGUGAACCUGCUGAUUGAGAUAUGAAAAUAUGAUUUACCUUGUCGCUCAUUCUUACCAAACUUUGCUAAUGAUAAUAAUAAUAACAUAUCACUUAAUACAAUAAUAUUUCUAAGCACUGCAUAUUAUUACCCCGUCCAUAGCAGAGCUACCAGCAAUGCGUUUCAGCAUUUCACGGAAUGAAUUCCUGGGCCCCGUCUUUCAAAGAAUUGCGAUUGAUCCAAUCAAUCGUAACUCUACGGAAAUCCAUCAGUGUCAUAAU